CGGGACUGAGAGCGAGGCUCCUCUUCCCGCCCAGCUCUUCCGGGGUCCGCUCGGCCGCAAGGCAUGCUGGGAGCCGUCGCUUAGGACACCGGUGUAAACAGGGCGACAUGUGCGGGGCGCCCGGGCCCGGCGCCGCGGGGGGAUCCCGGCGCCCUCAGCCCGGCGGCGGCUCCUGCGCGAUCCUGGGCAGCCUCCAGCUGCGGCUCCGGGACAGUGAAACAAAGAGGCUGGAAUUGGAAAGAAAACUGUUUGAGUACAGCAAAUCUGAUACAUACAUAGCGAAAAUAAACUUCAUAAAACUCAAAAAAUACUUGAAAGAAAUAUGUGAACGACAAAAAAAUGCUGUGUUGCGAAACCAAGACUUUUUAAAGGAGUUUGAUCGUGUCGAAGCUCAUAUUAGGACUUUUACAAGUUCAGAGGCACUUCAGAAAUUGAAGGUACAAUAUGAAGGAGAAAUUAAAAGUAUGCUGUCACUUCAGAAGAAUAGCAUGCCAAUAAAAGGUGACAAAGAAGAUAACAAUGAGCAGAUGCUGCCGGUUGCAAGACAGGCAGGAAUUAACACCACGACAGCCACGUCAAGAGGAUUGUAUCAUCCAGCAACAAUCUUUAUGGGCCGCCAAAUGUCAGCCAUCUCAAGCAUUGAAGAUUUCAGUACACAGCAGAAAUCUUCCCAGCCCACAAAGAGCUUUUCAGUUUCUGACCCACAUUCAUGCAGACAGGCAGCACAGAGCAGUAAUAUGACAGACAGCUAUGUAGUACAAACUAAUAGUGAUAUACGGUGCUUAAAUAAGUCUGACAAAAUAGAUGGGAAGACAUAUCUCCAGAUGGGUGAGAAAAUGCCAGUCACAUCCAGUGUAUCAUCUGAGAAUGGAAGAACUCAUUGCUUAGAGAUAGAAAGCAAUCCACAUAACGGCAAUAGUAAUUUAGUAGAAAGCAAAAAAUCUGCUCCGCUCAACUCCCUGUUACAUGAAAGAUUAAGUCCAGAGAACAGAGUCACUGAUUUGAAGAGUGACUGUUGUAGCAGCUCAGUAGAAGAAAUAGUGACAAAGGAGCAUUUUGUAGCAAAUAAAGAAAGAUCUAAACAGCCGAUCCCAUUGGUGUCUGCUCCUGAACAACUUGUUUCUGGAAACAAACAGUCAAGAGACAAUUUCCCAGGUCUAGCCCAACACACAGAUAGUCUGUGGCCCUCUGAAAACACACUAGAGCUGGAAGAUGAAAGUUUAGAUAGCAGCAGUGACCUUACAGUUUCUGUGAGUGAAGAGGAUCAGAUAAUAAACACAGUUGAACUACAGCAGAGCCUAAGAGAUAUGGAUUGCAAGAUGGCCUUAAAAUCAAUGAACUCAGAACAAGAAAAAGAAACCCUAUCCACCAAAGAACAUUUUUCUUUGCAAACAGUAAACUGCCAUACGACAGAUGAACAUUCUUCGGCUAAUUCAGCAACAAGAGAGGAUUGUUUGUCAUUUGAAGGAUUCUCCCAUUUACUCCAGUUCAUAGAAGAUUUGGUGGCGAAAGCAGCACCUGAAUGCUUGGCUUUAUACCAAAGUGAAACCAUAAGUCUGGCAAAAAUGAAGAAGCUAAUAAGCUUUUGUAAUCAAACUGGCAAUUUGAAAGAGGAAGACCUUGAGGCAUGUGAAGCAGUUGUCCUUCAUCAGCUUCAGGGAUUGUUGCAGAACACAUUGAACGGAUGCCUCUUACCUGAGAAAACACUUAAUGACAGAGGUAGAUCUACAGAUGAAAAGCAAGUCAGGCCUGACCUGCCAUUGGAUUUUGCCAUGUUAUGGGAACGUUUGUGCAAACACAUUUUGUUCUUGAAAAAACACCAUGUUUUGCUGAAGGAAGAAGUAAAAGAGAUGUUUGGAAUUUUACUUAUUUCAGAAAAAAAUGCACAAGAUGGCCAGGUUACGCUGUUAUUGAGAGAGGUCCUUCCGGAAGAGUGUGGUGAUAGGUCAUCUAUUCAUAGUAAUGAAUCAUCUUACCGCUUGCCAUCAAUUCUGAAUGACAAUGGGGAAAUAAAGCAAACAAAACAUGCUCAAUGGCUUGACAGCAUUGGUACAAGGGAACAAGAAGUCACAAGCUGGUGUGAAGAUGAGAGCAAGGAAGAAAGCUUGGCAGAAAAGAUUCCUAUUACAGGUUUGAAUAUCGGUAGCAAUAGUUUCAAGACCAAGGAAAUCAACAAAAUCAGUUCUGAAGCUAGUUUUUCAUCUAGUGAAAGAAGAAGUCCUUUGUCAAGGAACACAAGCAAAAGGAGAAUAACCACUAUAAAAUCCAAAGCUUUCUGGGGUGAGUCUGAUGACAGCAACUCAGAAAUUGAAGCUGCUUUGCGUCCACAAACCCAUGAUGCAUAUGCAGAUGAAUUUGAUGACUUCUAUGACUGACGUAUUUAACAUGUGCUUAGGCGGGAAAAUGUAAGCUGUAUUCUCUUGCAGAAACUGCAGUUUUAUUCUGUGUGUUUGGGUCCAUAUUUCUGUAAUGUAUCUAAUAUCUUGUUUGUUUGGCCAUAUAAAUGUUGAACAAAUAAUGUUCAAUGGCUCUCUUUGCUUGCAUACGUGUGUUUUUAUUAAACAUAUAUUUUAAGAAAUA